CGAGUUUCCCAGGUGUUUUGAACGAUGCACAAUCAAAGCGUUUGCUACUAAACUUGACAAUGGCCUAAUGUCACGAAAAAUAUAACAAGUUAAUACGUGUGUUUAAUUCAACUAGCUAGUUAUGGAUGAAUAUUAUGAAAGUAUUGUUUUCCGAAGUGAAAGAGUCGAGGAUAACGUGUCUUUAGCUGUGGCUACUGACGACUCCGCACUGGUAAAUGCCUAUGAAGAAGCCCUCCGAACAUUUCGGAGCUGUAAUGAUGAAAAAGAGAGCAAAGAGAAGCUUGGAAACAACCCACCGAAAUUGACAGACUCAAAACUCCCCAGAUCUCAUGUGUUGAGUAAGGAGCCGGUUGAACCAAAGGCAAACUCAAAGGUGUGGAGGCUGGGAUACCGGUGUCGUGCGGUGUACUCCGAGGAUGGCCUGGUUUACCCAGCGGUGCUGGUGUGGUUGAGAGGCGAACGCUGCCGGGUGAAGUUUGAAGGCUACGGAAAUGAGGAAGAGCUGGAGCUGAGCAGCCUGCUAUCUCCAGUAGAACUGGGAGGCCACAGAGGAAGAGUUGAUGCCAAAGUGCAACAAGGGGCUGUUGAUGGGUUCAGCUCCACUAGUAACAACAUUGCUGAUUGGAAGAGGAUGGAAAGAGAUUGGAGGACAGCUCAACAAGAGGGACGAGAGGAGCUGUCCUCACCUCAGCCACCUAAGUUUGCUCCAGUGAGUCUGGGUGCUGUUCCCUCUGUUUCAGGACACCUGGAAUACAUUGUUGACCAAUGGCCAUGCUUUACUGAGGGAAAAGACUAUUGCAAAAGCAGCUAUGACUUUGGCAAGGAGCAUGGGGAUAAGAAGAAGCCAAGUGGCCAGCGAGAGGUACCAAACAAUCACCCCUUUUCCUUCUUUCCUCCAGUGCCACCGCCCAAGGUCUCUCUGGACUUCCUGCCUCCUCCUCCUCCUCCACGUCCACCGUGUGUAUGGCCCCCCCGAGCAGUGCUGGCCGAUGUUAGCGAUGGGCUAGACUCAGCCGUGACAGACCUAUCAAGCAUGCUCCUGUCCUGGUACCUGUGUGGCUACCACACCGGCUGCUACAUGGCAAUGCAACAGACGAAAACAAGUCGCAGGAGGGCUGAUAAAGAGAAACAGGCAGAGGAAUAAGGUCUAUUUGAAUCUUACAAAAGUAAAGGCCUAAGUUUUGCAGUCACUGAAGAUUGCAGGCUGAGUAAUUCUCGUAUGAGGAUAUAUUAGGACCGAAGAUACCACCCUGGGGAAUUCCACAGGUAGGCUAUGUACUAUUAAGCUCUCAUAACUGCCUGCCUGUUCCCUUUCUGAUGGGUUUUUAAUUUUUAUUUAUUUAUUUCACCUUUAUUUAACCAGGUAGGCAAGUUGAGAACAAGUUCUCAUUUACAAUUGCGACCUGGCCAAGAUAAAGCAAAGCAGUUUGACACAUACAACAACACAGUUACACAUGGAGUAAAACAAACAUACAGUCAAUAAUACAGUAGGAAAAUAAGUCUAUAUACAAUAUGAGCAAAUGAGGUGAGAUACGGGAGGUAGAGGCAAAAAAAAGGCCAUGGUGGUGAAGUAAAUACAAUAUAGCAAGUAAAACACUGGAAUGGUAGACUUGCAGUGGAAAAAUGUGCAAAGUAGAGAGAGAAGUAAUGGGGAGCAAAAUAAAAUAAAUAAAUACACUAGGGAGAGAGGUAGUUGUUUGGGCUAAAUUAUAGAUGGGCUAUGUACAGGUGCAGUAAUCUGUGAGCUGCUCUGACAGCUGGUGCUUAAAGCUAGUGAGAGAGAAGUGUUUCCAGUUUCAGAGAUUGUUGUAGUACGCUCCAGUCAUUGGCAGCAGAGAACUGGAAGGAGAGGCGGCCAAAGGAAGAAUUGGUUAUGGGGGUGACCAGAGAGAUAUACCUGCUGGAGCGCGUGCUACAGGUGGGUGAUGCUAUGGUGACCAGCGAGCUGAGAUAAGGGGGGACUUUACCUAGCAGGGUCUUGUAGACGACCUGGAGCCAGUGGGUUUGGCGACGAGUAUGAAGCGAGGGCGGCCAAUGAGUGGUGGGUAUUAUAUGGGGCUUUGGUGACACAAUGGAUGGCACUGUGAUAGACUGCAUCCAAUUUAUUGAGUAGGGUAUUGGAGGCUAUUUUGUAGAUGACAUCGCUGAAGUCGAGGAUCAGUAGGAUGGUUAUGUUUGGCAGCAUGAGUGAAGGAUGCUUUGUUGCAAAAUAGGAAGCCAAUUCUAGAUUUAACUUUGGAUUGGAGAUGUUUGAUGUGAGUCUGGAAGGAGAGUUUACAGUCUAACCAGACACCUAGGUAUUUGUAGUUCUCCACAUAUUCUAAGUCAGAACCGUCCAGAGUAGUGAUGUUGGACGGGCGGGCAGGUGCGGGCAGCAAAGGAGAGUUGUAUGGCAUUGAAGCUCGUCUGGAGGGUUGUUAACACUGUGUCCAAAGAAGGGCCAGAAGUAUACAGAAUGAUGUCGCCUGCGUAGAGGUGGACCCAAGAUUGGGGAAGAAGAGGAAAGAGCUGUCCUGUUGCAACAGGAAAAGAGUUCCAAAGACUGAAUGUUUGUGUACUACACAGAGGUAGUCUAAUUUGGGGCUCUGUGGGAUGCAUCACAGUUUGCAGGUUUUUUUCUUACUGAAAAUGUGUGUUUUGACAAGAAGGUGAUGUGGAUAAGCAGUUAGGGGUUUGUUGACCCUAGUUCAAUAUGGCGUUAACUCAGCUCUUUAAGAGGCUUUUUGGAGAACUAUCUUUUACUUUUCAGUUUUUUGACACUUUUAAGUUGAUAAAAGGUUUGCCAAGGAUAGUUUUUGGGGGAAAGAGAAAAUAAUGUGAUGCUAGUUUUUGGUCAAGUGGAAACCAUUAGAAUGAAUUGUUGAUCCCUCAGCUGUUGUCAGGAAAUGUUAGUUUCAGUUCAUUUGAGGAAUUUAUUUUACUGCUGUUCAUUGCAAAUAUAUUGAACAAAAAGAAUGCAACAUACAACAAUUUCCACAAUUUUACUGAGUUAUAGUUCAUAUAAGGAAAUCAGUCAAUUGAAAUGAAUUCAUUAAAUCCUAAUCUGGAUUUCACAUGACGACAGGGGCGCAGUCAUGGGUGGGAGCCAGGCCCAGCCUAUGAGAAUGCAUUUUUCCCCACAAAAUAGCUUUUAUUAUACACAGAAGUACUCCUCAGUUUAAUCAGCUGUCCGGAUGGCUGGUCUCAGACUAUCCCGAAGGUGAAGAAGCCGGAUAUGGAGGUUCUGGGCUGGCGUAGUUACAAGUUGUGUGGCCGUACUGCCAAAUUCUCUAAAACAAGGUUUGAGGCAGCAUAUGGUAAAAUGUUAAAAAAUUCUCUGGCAACAGCUCUGGUGGACAUUCCUGCAGUCAGCAUGCCAAUUGCAGGAUCCCUCAAAACAUUGAGACAUCUGUGGCAUUGUGUUGUUGUUUUUUAGAGUGGCCUUUCAUUGCCCCCAGCACAAGGUGCACCUGUGUAAUGAUCAUGCUCAUCAGCUUCUUGAUAUGCCACACCUAUCGGGUGGAUGGAUUAUCUUGGCAAAGGAGAUGCUCACUAACAGGGAUGUAAACAAAUUUGUGCACAUAUCAAGAAUAAGCUUUUUGUCUGUAUGGGACAUUUCUUCUGUGAUCUUUUAUUUCAGCUCAUGAAAUAUGGGACCAAUACUUUACAUGUUGCGUUUUAUAUGUUUGUUCAGUAUAUAUUCGGACAAUCUGGGUGCUGUUUUCUCUGUUUCAGGACAUCUGGAAUACAUUGUUGACCAAUGGUCAUGCUUCACGGAUGUCUGCUUACUGAUAAGGAAGUUUGCGUUCAAUUAUUUCAUACUUGUCACUUGCUUUUUUUUGUCAAGAGAAAAGUAUUAGGACCAAGUCACAUGCCUUGGCAUUUUGUUAUACAUGUUUUAUUUAGAUGCAAUUGAAUAGUAAUUGUUUAAAAGGAUAGCAGACAUGAUAAACAAUAUAAUAUCUGACUGGUGGCAAUUGGGUCUCUCAAACCACCCAGCAUGGUUUACUCAUCUCCUCACCUUUAUCCCUGAGAUUCACCAUAUAGUUUUCUUCAGGACAUAAGAACUAUAGUGUCAAUAUUAUGCCAAUUAAUUAAACUGUUUCUCAGAAAUGUGUGAGCGAGUAGGGACUAUUUAAAUGUUUACACUUUUAUAAAACACUAAUGUAAUAUUUGCAAAAAUAUGCAAUUUUUCAGAUGCGUCAAGUAUAUGUGCAGCCUAAAUGCAGAGAAUGUGAUUUAAAUCAUUAUUUGAGUCUUAAAUGACACACACCCUCACCAGUCACCACGAAAUUGAACUUUUAAUAAAUCUAUGAUCUGUGUGGAUGACGCAGUGUUCCAGAUAUAACACUGGGGACCAAUUUGGAACAACUCUUAGGUAAAGGAUGAGGAGAUGGGAAGCAGAUGUGGUUUGACGUAGAUGGUCAAAAGUUCAAAUGACCCUUAGACUCUCAAAAUAGGUUUGAUUUAGUAUCUCUAUUGGGAAUUUGAAUACUGUAGUUAGACAAUUUUAUGUAAAGAGUUCUUUGCAGAAACACUGUAAAAUUUCUAUGGAUUUUUGUCUAGGAUACACAAUAGCUGCCAAUAUACAGUACCAGUCAAAAGUUUUUUUUACAUUUUAUUUUAGUAUUUUCUACAUUGUAGAAUAAUAGUGAAGACAUCAAAAUUAUGAAAUAACACAUAUGGAAUCAUGUGGUAACCAAAAAAGUGUUAAACAAAUCAAAAUAUAUUUUCUAUACUUAUAUUUAGAUUCUUCAAAGUAGCCACCCUUUUCCUUGAUGUUCAGGUUAUUAACAGCUAUUAUUCAGCAUGGCUAUUUCAUGUGAACAGAAAAAAGCCAGCCAACAACUCAGACUUUGCUAUUUUGAUUAUCACAUUGACGCCUCUCAAUCACUUUGGGGCGUCAACUCUAAAACUCUAAUUCUCCGGAGGGAAGAAUAUGUUGGAAAUGCCAGUUUUCCAGACAAAAUGCCAGAGUUUGAGUUGAAUAAGUUAUGUUCCCCUUAGAAAAUGGCAAAAGCACAUGUAUACAAAAAAAAACAUAAAUCCACACCAUUGCACUUCUCUCUCCCGUGUCUAUGUACUGACAUGUGGAACUAAUAGAUGCUCACACACACACACGUUACAAUUCACACACAUUUCGAAACAUUAACAUGUAAACUGUUUUUUCCCCCCGUUAUGUGUUGGACCCCAGUAAGACUAGCUGUCACCAUUGGCGUCGGCUCACGGGGAUCCUAAUAAAUCAAAUGUAUAGGCAAUGUGAACACAUUUGACUCAACAUGUCACCUGUCAAAUCCUUCCAUCAUUUCAGUGUUAUGAUGAUAGUAACAGAUGAUGUCAAUGAAAAGUUGGUCCAGGUGGUCUGCCAGCCGGAAUACGAGCCCAGACGUCUAGACCUACUGCUGCGCCUGCCCCGCCCGCGUCUCUUUGCUGUCGAACUCCAAUCAGGUUCAGUGCAUUUCAGCACCAUAAUCGGCAGCCAGCUCCUCCUCCUCAGCGCUACCUACUCUGUGUUGGUACUGACGACCAGCUCCCACGACUUUCUGGAAGCGCGCUCCCCUGAAGAAGACUCAAAACCAGAUGAAAAAAGAUUAUUGAAAAGUUCUUUAGUUAAUGCUUGCUGGAAUAACAUGAUUACGUUUUAUAAAGGGUUUAUAGGCCUACCAAUAGGGUUCUAACUUCUAAAAAGUAAAUUGCUCAAUGACUUGGACAGAUGGUUUUGUGUGCUAUCAAUUCACACACAGCAUGUGUACUGAUUGAUUGCACGAAUGGACACUAAUGCAUAUAGCUCAUAAUGGUGAAACUGUUGAAACUGUUAGAUUGUAUAUGUUUAUAAGCUACCAUUGCAGACAGAAACAUGGACAUGCCAAACUAAACUUGUUUCUUCUCUGUAGUAAGCGGACAUUGUCCUAGGAUUAGAAGUUUGGUUGGGUUCCCAUGGUAAAAGGAUUGGGUUUAGGAUUGACUUUAUGAUAAUAUAAUUGUAUUGUAGAAAUGUGUUAAGAAAUGCCUGAGCAUCGAAAUGUUUAUCAUUUGAGUGACCAUUAUUUUGUGUCUGAUAUUGUCAAGUAGGUUACAGUGUACUAGAGCGAAAAUAAAUAAGUUCUCUGUGUCUCUGUACCCACAGUGUGAUGUGGAUCAGCAAUGUGCAGUUGGCAAAGGUGCAAGAAUUGGGAAGUUGUGCGAGUGUUCACGGGGAACGAGGGAAUCGAGGAUGACAGCUACCAUCUGAUCAAUCAUCACACUGUAUGAGGACAAAUAGUGUUUUCUCAAAUGUUUCUCUUUUAGAUAAGUAAAUGUUUAAGAAUUGAAUAAACUUUUUUGAAGACUUCU